AUGGUGAAGAACAUCAGCAUCUGGAAGCACUUCCUCGACUUCAGGGCGUCCCCCGGGAGGACUGCUUCGGUCGCCCCCAGCCCUGAGGGGGCUCGCCCUCAUCAGCGCAGGUUUGAGUACAAACUCAGCUUCAAAGGACCAAAGCUGGCAUUGCCUGGGGCUGGAAUACCCUUCUGGAGCCAUCAUGGAGAUGCCAUCCCAGGCUUGGAGGAAGUGCGGCUGGCUCCAUCCAUGCGGAACAGAAGUGGUGCUGUGUGGAGCAAGGCCUCUGUCCCCUUCUCCUCGUGGGAGGUGGAGAUGAAGAUGAGGGUGACUGGGCCAGGGCGCCUGGGUGCCCAGGGCAUGGCCGUGUGGUACACUCAGGACAGAGGCCAAGUAGGCUCUGUCCUGGAGGGACUGGACUCGUGGAAUGGCAUCGGGAUCCUCUUCGACUCCUCAGUUGAGGACACCCAGAACAGUCCUGUAAUUCGUGUGCUGGUCAGUGAUGGGCACAGCCCACUUGGGGUUGAAGCCAACCAGGUACUGGGCUCCUGCCACCGAGACUUCCGGAACCGACCAUACCCCUUUAGAGCCCGGAUCACUUACUGGGGGCAGAGGCUGCGUGUGUCCUUGAACCGUGGCCUCACUCCCAGUGAUCCAGAGGAAGUCUGUGUCAAUGUGGGGCCCCUACUUUUGGCCCCUGGAGGUUUCUUUGGCAUCUCAGCAGCCACCAGCACCCUUGCAGAUGACCAUGAUGUCUUGUCCUUCCUGACUUUCAGCCUGAGGGAGCCAGGUUCAGAGGCUCCCCCAGAGCCCUUCCUAGAGAUGGAGCAGCUCCGCCUGGGGAAGCAGCUGGAAGAGCUGCGGACAAGGCUGGCACUGGGCACCAGGGGGGACAUAAUGUUGAAGACAGACUCUGAAGUCCAAGAAGGAGGGGAAAAGCGCUUUGACCUGGAGGAGACGCUUGGCAGGCACAGUCAGAUCCUACGGGCUCUCCGGGACCUCUCUGAGCAGUUGGCCCAAGCUGAGAGGCGAUGGAAGAAGCAGACGGGGGCCUCAGGUGGGGCCAGACCUGGGGGAGGCUGGGUGAUCCUGGAUGCCCCCAGCCAGAUCCCAUCCUCCUCAGGGAGGGGCAGACACUUUUCUGGGUCACCCAGAAAGACGAGGGACUCUGCUAAGGUCAGUGCCUUGCUCCUUGGGCAGCAGACUCUUCUCCAGGACCUGCAAGAGAUGAGGACUGCAGCUGCCAGAAUGGUUUCAGGAGCCCAAGUGUUCUACUUGCCUGUGGGCACUGAGCAUCAUUUCUUGGAGCUGGACGGGAUCCUGAGCCUGCUGCAGAAGGACCUCAGGGGCCUGUUGAAAGUAUCAGCCAAGGCUCCCCGUCCAUCAGGCCGACCCCCAGGGGCGUCAUGUCUGCGGUCUGGCAUCUUUCUGUUCGUUCUCCUCCUCCAGACUGUGGGCUUCUUCGGCUACGUGCACUUCAGGCAGGAGCUGGACAAGAGUUUUCAGGACUGUCUGUCCAUAGGCAGUGUUCCUCUGGGUCCUGUACCACCUGUCCCCAGGGCUUUGGGGGUCCUGCGGAGACAGCCCGUCUCCCCCAGCACACAUGCAUGA